UCACGGCCGCUGCAGUGUCAGGCAGGGGUGUGUGAUGGACGCGCCUGUGGCCGGGAACUGGUUAAGGAUGGGGAGGCGUGACGUCACUGGGGGCUUGGCUGGAGGCAUCUCACUGAAUGGACCACAUUGUCACAGACUAGAGCGGAGUGAGGGAAAAGCCGCCUGUACUGCUACUGCUGCUGGGGCACACAGGGACAGCACAUCACAGGGAGAUUACACGGGUUACACUCAUUACAGUCAGAGGGAACCAUGAUAGCGUCCCAUCUACUGGCAUACUUCUUCACAGAGCUCAACCAUGAUCAAGUACAGAAGGUGGACAAGUACCUCUACCAUAUGCGAUUGUCUGAUGAGACACUCUUGGAAGUAUCGAACAGAUUUAGCAAGCAGAUGGAGAAAGGACUUGGGUCAGAAACCAACCCCACUGCUUGUGUGAAGAUGCUGCCCACCUUUGUACGAUCCACACCAGAUGGCACAGAAAAUGGAGAUUUCCUGGCUCUGGAUUUGGGAGGAACCAACUUUCGAGUCCUGCGGGUGAAAGUUUCCGAUAACGGGAUGAAAAAGGUGGAAAUGGAGAACCAAAUCUAUGCCAUCCCGGAAGAUCUUAUGAGGGGCAGCGGCGCACAGCUGUUUGACCACAUAGCGGAGUGCCUGGGCAACUUCAUGGAAAAACUGAACAUCAAAGACAAGACACUGCCUCUAGGAUUCACGUUCUCCUUCCCCUGCCACCAGACUAAACUGGAUGAGAGCAUAUUAGUAAACUGGACGAAAGGAUUCAAGGCCUGUGGUGUGGAGGGAAAGGAUGUUGUUACACUGUUAAGAAGUGCAAUUAAGAAACGUGGGGAUUUUGAUAUUGAUAUAGUUGCAGUGGUAAACGACACUGUAGGAACAAUGAUGACCUGUGGAUUUGACGACCACAACUGUGAGAUUGGCCUUAUUAUUGGCACCGGUACCAAUGCGUGUUACAUGGAAGACAUGCGUCAUAUUGACCUGGUAGAGGGUGACGAGGGGCGCAUGUGUGUAAACAUGGAGUGGGGAGCAUUUGGAGACGAUGGAGCAUUGGAUGACAUUAGAACCGAGUUUGACCGUGAAAUUGACAUGGGAUCCUUAAAUCCAGGAAAACAAUUGUUUGAAAAGAUGAUCAGCGGGAUGUACAUGGGUGAGCUGGUCAGGCUGAUCCUAGUUAAAAUGGCAAAGGAGGAUCUGCUAUUUGAAGGAAGAAUUACAGCGGACCUCUUAACCACUGGACACUUUGAGACACGCUAUGUCUCCGAGAUUGAAAAGGAUAAAGAAGGGAUCAAAAUGGCCCAGCAGAUCCUGAGCAAACUGGGACUGGAGCCCUCACACGAGGAUUGUGUGGCCACACACCGAAUCUGCCAGAUUGUCUCCUCUCGUUCCGCCAGCUUGUGCGGGGCCACGCUGGCCGCUGUCCUGCGACGUAUUCGAGAGAACAAAGGUGUAGAACGGUUGAGGUCCACGGUGGGAGUGGAUGGGUCCGUCUACAAGAACCACCCUCAUUUUGCCCGGCUCCUUCAGAAGACUGUCCGCAGACUUGUGCCUGACUGUGACGUCCGAUUCAUCCGUUCAGAGGAUGGCAGCGGUAAGGGCGCAGCCAUGGUGACAGCGGUAGCAUACCGACUGGCUGAUCAGCGGCAUGAACGGGAGAAGACACUUGAAGCUCUGAACCUUAGCACCGAGCAGCUCCUGAAGGUUAAGAGCAUCCUGAGAGUCGAGAUGGAGAGGGGCCUGAAAAAAGCAAGCCAUGAUGAGUCCACCGUCAAGAUGCUCCCUACUUAUGUACGGUCCACACCUGAUGGCACAGAGAGAGGCGACUUCUUAGCCCUGGAUCUUGGAGGCACUAAUUUCCGUGUGCUCCUGGUGCGUGUUCGUAGUGGCAUGAGGCGUGGGGUGGAGAUGCACAACAAGAUCUACACAAUUCCGCAGGAUAUCAUGCAGGGGACCGGAGAGGAGCUCUUCGACCACAUAGUACAUUGCAUUGCUGAUUUUCUGGAGUACAUGGGCAUGAAAGGAGUUUCGCUGCCUCUGGGAUUUACUUUUUCUUUCCCUUGUCACCAGAACAACCUGGAUGAGGGCAUUCUUCUAAAGUGGACAAAAGGCUUCAAUGCGUCUGGCUGUGAAGGAGAAGAUGUGGUAAACCUGCUGAAAGAAGCCAUCCACAGACGAGAGGAGUUUGACCUGGAUGUAGUGGCUGUUGUGAACGAUACAGUGGGCACAAUGAUGACUUGUGGCUAUGAAGACCCGCGCUGUGAAAUGGGACUGAUUGUCGGUACUGGUAGCAAUGCUUGUUACAUGGAGGAGAUGAGGAACGUGGAGCUGGUGGACGGCGAGGAAGGUAGAAUGUGCGUCAACAUGGAGUGGGGAGCCUUCGGGGAUAAUGACUGCCUAGAAGAUUUCCGCACAGAGUUUGACAAGGCUGUGGAUGAACUCUCCCUUAAUCCUGGCAAACAGAGGUUUGAAAAGAUGAUCAGCGGGAUGUACCUGGGGGAGAUUGUCAGGAAUGUUCUGAUAGACUUUACCAAGCGUGGGCUCCUCUUCCGUGGAAAGAUCUCCGAGAGGCUGAAGACAAGGGGCAUUUUUGAAACCAAAUUCCUGUCUCAGAUUGAGAGUGACCGCUUGGCAUUGCUGCAGGUGCGCUCCAUCCUCCAGCACCUUGGCUUGGACAGCACAUGUGAUGACAGUAUCAUUGUGAAGGAGGUGUGCACAGUGGUGGCUCGGAGGGCCGCUCAGUUCUGCGGGGCUGGUGUAGCUGCAGUAGUUGACAAGAUCCGAGAAAAUCGAGCAUUGGACUCCCUGAAGGUCACGGUGGGCGUGGAUGGCACCCUCUACAAGCUUCACCCGCAUUUCUCGUCCAUCAUGCAUCAAACUGUGAAAGAACUGUCCCCAAAGUGCGAGGUGACAUUUCUACAGUCUGAAGAUGGCAGCGGAAAAGGAGCCGCCCUUAUCACUGCAGUAGCGUGUAGGAUCCGGGAAGCGGGCCAGCGCUAGGGUGGAGGAGCUGAAGGAUUUAAGUGAAUACCUGUACAGAGACUUGUUACAGGCCUCUUACAUCCUCACUGCUAUAGACUCCACUCCUCUGGACUGGUUGAUGAACAGAAUCCCGGAUACAGCCCAUAUCAACAGGGAUUUUGCAUGCAUUUGACUACGCCUAUACCAGGAAAACAUGUACAUAGGCCAAUAUUAUUUUAUUUUUUGUAGGAUAGAUCAAAGGAAAUAGAACUGGCCACCCAGUGUUGCACAGCACCAUGUUUCAUGUUUCGUUACUAGUGGCUAGUCUAAGCAUGAAUCCGACUUCUUACAAAGACUCUUCUGCAUAGAUGUCAGUAACGGAGCAUUCCCACAUGUUUGGUGUGUGGCGUCUGCACUUUGAAACCUCUACACAUUUUAAUACUGCUCUGUCUCCAGACCAGAUUGUGAUUGCAGCUCUGUCUCCAGACCAGAUUGUGAUUGCAGCUCUGUCUCCAGACCAGAUUGUGAUUGCAGACAAAUUGAAUUGCAAAUGCAGUGGAUAACGAAUGUUUCAAAGCACAUUAGGUACAUCAUUCCUAAAGAUAAAUGGUAUCCUAGGGCUAAGUAUAAGAAAUUAGGGAGAGAUGUCAGCAAAAGUAUAAUAAUUCAUUCUUCAGCUCAGGUAUUGCUUGGUGUUAAGUGAGAUGAGACUAGAAAAUCGAGGUUAAUGAUAUUGGUCCUGAUUCAGGUUUGUAAGCACACCAAAAAAGCACACAACUGGGCAAAACCAUUCUGCACUGCAGGUGGGGCAGAUGUAACAUGUGCAGAGAGAGUUACAUUUGGGUGAGGUGUGUUCAAACAGAAAUCUAAAUUGCAGUGUAAAAAUAAAACUCUUGAGGGCUACAUGCAAAAGCAGCCAGUAUUUAUCUUGCACAGAAAUAAUAUAACCCACCUGAAGCUAAAUCUCUCUGCACAUGUUACAUCUGCCCCAACUGCAGUGCAGCAUUGUUUUGGCCAAUUGUGUGCUUUUUUGCCCAUUGAGUAUUUAUAAGGACAGAAUAGUACAAACAAUUGCAUGUGACCUGGGAAUUAUGCAAAUAUUCCACAUUGAAAUACAUUAGAAAAUAAAAAGGAGGAUUUACCUUUUAAACGUUAUCUACAGUUGGCUGAAUGGGCAUAUUUAGCUGAUUAUAAAAUCACUGUGACUCAGAGAAAAACAGUUCCUUUAAUCUUACAAAAUUUUAGGACUUAUUUUUCCAAUCAAAUAAAAUAUAACAAAGCUCCUCAUAUUUAGAAGAGUCUUAAACUCUGAUAAAUACCCCGGUAAAUACUGCAUCACUUAAUGUUUAAAUGGAGGCAUAUAAGAGUAGUCAUUAUAUCCUGCAACACUUGAAAACUGUAACCAAACUUCAGGACUGUGCAGUAUGGUGAUAGGAAUAAGGCUCUUUGGGAUUUCGCCUAAGAUUAAACAUAAGCAAUAAACUAUCUCUCCAUAUUGUUCAGAGCCUCAUGUUAUAGACAAUUGUUUAUUCCAUACCCCCAGCUGUCCUAUAUAGUCCUGUAUAGGUGGGAUAUUGGGCACUAUCCCACCAAUCACCAUCUUUCUCCCAACUGCUGGGAAUUAGGGAAGUCCGUCUUCGUUUACUAGGGAGAGCAGGUGCCACGCACAGCUACCACUGUUGCGUUUAGCAAAUUAUAGGUCUUUUAAGGGGUGGGCGGAGGGUGGCCUCCCACUUCAGAAGCAUCAGGCACACUCCCCUUUUGUAUGUGUGCCACCAAAAAGCACAAGCUUUGUUCCAAUUUUGUGAGGUCUGUAAUUUUAGUAUAGGAGUAAAUAAUUAGUACUAUUAUUGUUGCUAUGUUAAUUUAUGUUAAGUUUCUAUAGAAUGUAUUUAACCUGUUAGAGCUAAAUUACUGGUGUUGAGCACCUUGUUACUCGUCAAAUGCUGCUCUUUGAUAAUUUGCCUUUCCCAAAGAAUAAUAGUGUACACAUCUUCAGACCAAUGUCCCACAUCAGCAUAUAUAUCUGGUGUUCAGUACAGAUAUUUCUACACACCAGCUAUACAUCUAUGCAACAUCUAUUAUGCACAAAGAUUUUCAUUUUUGCUACAGUAAGUAUAGAUUUAACUUUCUACAGGAACUCUAUAAACACAGACGUAUAAAUACUUAUAUUUGCUGACACAGUAAUAUCUUCAUACACUCCGAUGUAACAUGUUUGGUUCAUGGUCUCAACACAAAAUGUCUGUCUGCUUAUGUACAUAGUGAUAGAGAAGCCGUGUUUUAUUUAUAUUUGCUAUUUUAUUGGCUUUCUGUAUUUGUAACUUCAUAAAGUUGCUGAAUGCUUUUUAGAAAUAUGAAA